CCGUUCAUUGUCAUGGAGGAUCUUUUCGAGAAGUUGAAACUUCUCGAAUACUUCAAAGAGUUUCAACGAUUGUUCAAGAAUGUGCAGCCGAUCAACAAACACUAUUUCGCCAUGAAAACUAAGCCCGAAGAACAACUUUAUACGUUCGUGUGUAUAUCGGCAUGGUUGGUGCGUAAAUGCGGUCUCCCGUUCGAUCUGCCGAGACGUGACGACGAUUUCCGAGCUGUUAUCACUCAGAUCCUCUACGCCCUCGGACAACUGGGCAUCGACGAAGACUUCAGUCAAGCUCGGCUCCAACGAGGCUGGGGCGAGCAAGUCAUCAACGUCGUCGACGCGUUAGCCGAUGCGGCUCUAGAGCAAGCCGGUAUACCUUGGAACCCUGACGGUGAAGAAGCGCUCGAUGAUGAACAGGCCCUGAUUGUGCAGAACGACGACUUGUUCGAUCUAGAGAGCGGCAGGCCUCAAGAAGAUCAACGAGACCCCAUUCUGCAACUGACGAAAGACGCUCCGUUAUCGCGCUACCCACUGAAGCCACCGUUGCUGUCCGAUGUGGACACCGAUGAGUGGCGACUCGAGGUGGAGAGACUCCUGCCUCAACUAAAAAUCACGAUCCGACCCGAUCCCAAGGAUUGGAGGUCGCAUCUCGGCCAAAUACACAAAUAUAAGGAAGAAAUGGACGCCAGUCUAGCUGCAACCAAAGGACAGCUCGAGACUCUGUACAACAGCAUCGGUCAGACUCUCGAGAAACUGGCCAAACGUGAGAAGUACAUAAAUUCACAGUCCGAGGGACUUCUCGAGGAGCUGAAAGCAGCGCAGGAAGAAUUGACGAGGACGAAAGAGCAGUAUAAAUCCGUCUCGGGUGGAGUGACGGAAAGGUCACGCAUUUUGGCGUCUAUUUCUCAAGAAGUUGAAGACAUCAAACACGAGCUCGACGAGCGCGGCACCUCGAUGACCGACGGGACACCUCUGAUCCACAUAAAGAAAUCGCUGCAAAAACUCAAAACAGAAGUUGCUCAGUUAGACGUUCGGAUUGCCGUUGCGGUUAACACUUUGUUGAAGGCUCGUCUCAGAGAACGAGGACAUUUUACGAACGCUGUCAAUACGGCUGGUGUCGCCCCGCCAGAAGAAGACGAUUUCGGUAUUCUCGGAGGGGCGAACCUGCAGUUUUGA